AUGGUGCUAUGUUUUCCUCUCCUAUUCCUGUUGGAGCUCUGGGGACCCAUAUGCCCACUUUAUGCUCAGCCUAUGCAUCUCACCAAGGCUCAGUGGUUUGAAAUUCAGCAUAUACAGCUAUAUCCUCUCCAAUGCAACAGGGCAAUGUAUGGCAUCAAUAAUUACACGGGGCACUGUAAACCUCUAAACACCUUUCUGCACGACUCUUUCCAGAACGUGGCGGCUACCUGCAAUUUGCCCAACCUCGUCUGCAAAAAUGGUCAGAACAACUGCCACCAGAGCCCAAAGCCUGUCAACAUGACUCACUGCAGACUCACUUCAGGAAAGUAUCCUCAGUGUCGCUACAGGGACUCUACCCAAUACAAAUUCUUCGUUGUUGCCUGUGACCCCCCUCAGAAGAUUGACCCUCCCUAUCAUCUGGUUCCUGUACACUUAGAUAGUACUGUCUAAGGUCGCCAUCAGUUUUCCUCUCAUUUGACACCAG